AUGCAAGGAGGAGGAGGAGGAGGAGGAGAAGAAGUAAGCAUAGAGGAGCUCGCUUCUAAUCUCACCACUUACAAAGAACAGCUUCACCAGGUCAGACAGCUUCUGGUUGAUGAUCCUGGAAACUCUGAAUAUGUGGACAUGGAGAAAGAGCUAUCAGAGGUCAUUGCUCUGACAGAAGAACUCCUUGAAACUGCGAAGCAGAAUGAGAUUGCUGGAUCACAUGUUGGAAUGGGAGAUAGUUCAUCUCCUAGUUACCCUCGACCUAAGGAGGCUGAUCAACAUGAGAAAUUUCCUGUCGGUUCGAAAGUUCAAGCUGUAUGGAGUGAAGAUGGGGAAUGGUAUAAUGCAACGGUUGAGGUUCAUACCCCAAAUGGAUAUUAUGUAACCUUUGAUGGAUGGGGAAAUAGGGAAGAGGUGGAUCCUGACAAUGUAAGGCCAGUUGAAUUCAAUGCCUUACUGGAAGCAGAAAGAGUAGCUGAAGCUACAAAACAAGCAAUCAAAAGGAAGAUUGCCCAAGCUGCGUCUGUUGACUUUCAGUCACGAAGUUUACCAGCAAAGCUUCGGAUAGAACCUGAUGACUCAGAGGAUGUGAAAGCCACCAAGCGGAAGAAGAUACAUGCUUUCAAGUCAAAGAUGCGUUUUGAGCAACUUGAAGUUACACAGAAUAAGCGACAGAAUGCAUGGCAGCAGUUCCAGACAACUAAAGGCAAGACCAAGAAGGUUGGCUUCUUCUCAGGGCGCAAGAGAGAGAGCAUUUUCAAAUCUCCUGAGGAUCCCAACGGCAAGGUUGGGGUGACUGGAAGUGGGAAGGGCUUGACAGAGUUCCAGAAGAGGGAAAAGCAUUUGCAUCUCAAGGGCGGAGGGGUUGAGAUUGAUGAUUAG